GUUCCGCGCGGCGUUCAGCGCGUUGGCGGCGCGGCGUGCGGCGCGUUUGACGUGUGAGCGGCGCGCCGGGGUAGAGAGCAGCAAAACAGUCCGAAAAUACUACGACGGCAAUGGCGGACGACGAGUUACCACCGGGAUGGGAGAAACGUCUCAGCAGAUCGACCGGUCAGCAUUAUUAUUUAAAUAUUUAUACCAAGGAAAGUCAGUGGGAUAGGCCAGAUAAACCAGCGGAUCCAAACAAGGAUGAACCUGACGAAGUGCAAUGCUCUCAUUUACUUGUCAAACAUUCAGGCUCUCGGCGACCCUCUUCCUGGCGAGAGGAAACCGUUACUAGGUCAAAGGACGAAGCUCUCGAGUUGGUGAAAUCUUAUAGAGAACAAAUCGCGUCUGGCAAAGCAUCGUUUGCGGAACUCGCCUCCAAGUACAGCGAUUGCAGUUCGGCAAAGCGCGGCGGUGACCUCGGACCUUUCAGUCGGGGAGCGAUGCAGAAACCCUUCGAGCAGGCAGCAUUCGCACUGAAGAUCGGCGAACUGUCGUUACCUGUGCACACAGAUAGCGGAGUUCACAUCAUCAAACGGACUGCAUAAGCCAGUUCAGCCUGAAACGAUUUGUCGAUACUUUGCGAGAAAUAUCUUUCUCUUUCUCUCUCUUUCUCUCUCAAUCUUACUGUUUAUAAAUUUAUGCCAAUGGUGUUCUCCCAACAUUCUAUACACUGACUGUUGUGGUAAACUUAUUUAAGUCAGCAUGUGAAUUUUAUGCUCAUUUUAACUUUCACAAUUUCAAAAGAUAUUAAAGCAUACUUUUUGUCUUCAGUGCUUUUUAUAAUGCAUAAUAAUAUAUAAUUCCGCUUUGCAAUAAGAUAAUAAAGUAAUGGUGCAAUUAUGAAAUUCAGGCAUCAUUAGCAUUUUAAAGACAGAAUUAAGUAUUGCAUAUGUAACAAUGUUAUCAUGUUAAAAGCGACAAUAUUACUACCAUCUCCUGAUAUUAGAAGACAUAAUAUUUCAGUACAUGUUCCUUGAAGAGUGUCGUUAUCGCGGAAUGUUUUAAUUGGAAUGAUUUAGUGAGUUAACAUUGAUGUAUUAAUACUGAUAGUUGACUAGUUUUCACACAUUACAUUCUAAAACAUGAAAGAAUCAGUUAGCAGCAAUAGCAUACCUGAAUAUGACGUAAGACUCCAAGCAAAAUUAAUUCAAGCGCAAAAAUGCCUUAUAGUCCCGUGGAAACAAAAUUUCUAAAACGUAUUUCUGUAACGUCUAGAAUGUGAUGCUUGAUAGAUACGAAAUUCAUGACGAAAGUAAAUCAACUAUCGGUGCUAAUAUAUUGCUAUUAAAUGUCUUCCCUGACGGAAGUUGAAAUAUUGACUGCACAAUAACACUACUGCAAUAAUUUUGUCUGUUACUGUAAUUAGGGCGAAAUCAAAAUUGUUAAAAACAUUUUAAUGUGGUAUAUUUUCAGUAAUUAAAUUAUAACACUGUAAUUGUAUAUUGAUUGGCCAACUUUAAUAAUGAUUUCUGUUUAUUGUAUCUUGUGCUAAGUGAUUUCUAUUUAAAUGAUAAGGAUUAAUUUGAUUAUAUAAUUGAUCAAUAAAAUAUUUUAUUCCAUGGCUGGAGAAAGGUUGCGAUUAGAUCAAAAGUAAAUUUCGUGCGAGUAAAUUUUUGCGCAAUUUUUUAAAUGUAUUGACAAAUCAUAUUAUGAUACGAUAUUUCUUUCGUUCAAACUUUAAAUAAGUUGUAUGAACUACGAAAUAUGAUAUAUUUACUUCUUGCUUGUCGUCCAUUUUCCAUCACUAUGUGAUAUUUUACAUAUUUAUAAUAUGAUAUGUACUUCAACAUUUCAAUAAGCAUUUCCAUUGCUUUGCCUCGCGUAGAAAAUUGUAGAUAUGUAUUCUCGAUAUAUAAUGUUGGGGGGAAGAGGAAUUACGAGUGGCUAUAAAUAUUACGGAUUGAAAGGAUAUAAAUCACAUUUCCGAAAACCACUACCUUCCAAUCCAAAAUUAAUAUGAGUUUGUUGUCGUUAAUGUAGUACGGUGGGGUCAAAUGCUCUUCUUCGAAUAAAUAAAUUAUAGACAGGAGGAUAAUAAAAUUAAGGAAAUAUUUUGAAGUGUUUUAUCUACACAUAUGUUUCCACACUCUGAAAGACGUGAAUCUUUUGGAGGUAGUUAAUUUUAAAAAUAGAUAAUUCAUAUGUAACCCUGUUACAUGUAACUUGUAUUACGGAAAAAUACAUUGUUUACGUUCGUGACGUAAAAUGUAUGAGACUAGCACAAAAUGUGAAUCGAUGCAAUUUCAGGAAAUCAGUUUUAACUUUCUUGUAUAAAGUAUAAGUUAAUACGUUACGUGUGAAUUCAAAAUACUCGCCGUUAUGGUUUCACAAAGUGAUUUGUAUUUAAGUGAACAUUAAAUGUACAUGUAGCAGAGGAAUUAUGUAUUUGUUGUAAAAACUCACUCUAGCAAGACUUUGUAACUCUGAAAUUUAUCUGUAAUUUUACACACUAGUACGACAGUUAGAUUUAUUUCAAUGACUUGUUUUUGUCUCUUUUUUUCUUUGCCGUCUUUGAUAUUUUUAAAUCACAAUACUGUUUAACUGAAUUGUAUAUACAUAAAAUACAAGUUACAAGAAAAUGCUUGCAUUUUGCUUUCGGAAGUAAGUAGUAGUUUUAAGGUAAGAUUUUCGUGCUCAAUUAAAAUUGUUGGAGUAUUUCCAAAUCGAUUUGAUUAUGGAAUAUUGUUUCUGAAAGAACCGACGUAUUUAUAUGCAUAAUAUAUGUAUGUCAUAGCGGCUCAUUUAGGUAGAAAUGCAAUUACAUGUAAUAUGAAGGUUUA